AUGGAACUCAGCCUCACUACCCCUACAUCAUGUUCCUCCAGGAGUACCUCAUCAUCUUCUCAUGAGGUCAUCAUCCCCCGGACCGGUUUUUCAACCGAUACCAAGGGGAAAACGAAAGAGAAGUUUGUGGCCGAGCCAGCGAUGGAGACUCCGAGGCUAGAGUUUCGCUUCUUGUUCAAUGAGAAUAAUAUAAGAAGAAACUCUAGUUUCGGUAUAUUAGAUGAUGGGGCACAAGGGACGAAGAACGAGUCUAAAGCAAGGGUGUUUGCUUGCACCUACUGCAAGAAAGAGUUCUCUACUUCACAAGCCUUGGGAGGACAUCAGAACGCUCACAAGCAAGAGCGAUCAUUGGCCAAAAGGCGUAAAGAGAAUGGAACCAACUAUCCUGGACUCUCUUUCUAUAGUCAAUACACACCAAGUGCUAACUCCUACAACAGCAGUAGCUCGCGGUAUGAUCUUGGCGUCCGUUACAAUCCUAACAUUGCUAAAUCUAAUAAGGCCUAUCCGUUCAACAUCUUCAGAUGUCGAUUAGGAUUAGGAUACAGAGGGCUUAGCAUGAAUUCACAUAUCCCUCUCCUGUCUCAGCUCUCGUGCCAAAAUACCGAAGAUUUGUCCAAAGAUUUGAUUUCAAACCUAGAGGGCAGCAUUCAUUUGAAUAACGAGCAAGGCGAGAAACAAGAUCAAUCGGAAACUGAUGAUUCCAAGGAUGAUUCUGAAUUAGACUUGUCUCUGAAGUUGUAG